AUGGUCCUGCUGCUCAACGACUGGGCGCACGUCAGCCGGAAGUUCACCCAGGGCGAGUACGCCAAGUGCCUGCACGACCGGAAGGAGAACGACGGCAAGAUCAAGGCAACGAUGUACGCCAUGCGUGAGGCGCCGUCGAACACGGCCUUCUCCGCCGCGUGCGGGGCGGCCGCGGCCCUCUGGCGCGGGAUCGGCGAGUCGGACUUCCUCGGCAGCUUCUCGAAGAUGUACUUAGAAGGCGAGUGGGCGUCCUGGCACGUCGGGGCGGCGCCCGCCGGCGUCGCCUUCAGCGGCCAGCAGGCCGUCGAGGCGACGCACGCCGCGGACAAGUCCUGCAUCGGCAAGGACAAGCUCAAGGCGGCGCCGACCGUCUUCUUGAACGAGACGCUGCCGAUCAUCCUGACCAAGGCCGCGGACACGUGCGAGCUCUACGCCGUGGACACGGUGACGCACGAGGGCAACGCGCCCGUCACCGGGCCCGUGGUCGCGGAGGCGCGGCUGCUCCUCGGGGCCAAGCCCGCGUACCUCGAGCGGCCCACGGCCGUCGUCGAGGGCUCCGAGUCGCCGUCGCGCAUCUUCAUCAUCACUGGCAACACGUCGGACACGCAGUUCAAGAAGAUGACCGACAAGCGCGCCCGGGAGUACGAGAAGUACCUCGGCGGCGACCUCGGCUCGAAGAAGGACAAGCUCAGCUACUCGGAGUACGAGAAGCUCAUGGAGAAGACGGCCGCGAACCGCGUGGUGGCGUCGCCCGUGGAGAACAUCGACAAGUGCAACAAGUGGCUCCAGACGGCCAAGACGUCCGGCCUCGUGUGCGACGACGCCGACCAGCUCUACAAGCUCACGUGCACGUGCGUGGACUUCAUGCGCGGCGCGAACCGCUGCGCCUGCGUCGUCGCCGUCGCGUCGGAGCUCAAGUUGAUCGACCUCGAGGCCAUGAUGGACGGCGCGGCGCCGCACGCGCGGCUCAACCCGGGCCGGCCGAGGAGCAAGACGAACUGGGCCGACAAGGGCAGCGGCAGCGCGAAGAAGCGCGACGCCGCCUGGUACCUCAAGAGCAUCGAGUCGCACAAGCCCAUGUACUACCACCGCCGCAAGGUCGCCAUGGUCUGCAUCGACAACGGCGACGACGUCUACUGGAUCGGCUACGUCCGGAACCUCAAGCAGCCGAAGGCCAAGGCCGGCAGCGUCGCGUACAUCAUCUGCUUCCCGGACAACCCGGAGGCGGAGGACGAGCAGUGGAGCCCGCUCGACAACAAUGACUUUAUUACGAAACUAGGAUUAGCUUUUUUAAAAAAAAUUUCCGCGAAGAAGCGCGACGCCUUGUGGUACCUCAAGAACAUCGAAUCGCACGCGCUCAUGUACCACCACCGCCCCGGGCCGGGCCGCAAGGUCGCCAUGGUCUGCGACGACAACGGCGACGGCGUCUACUGGACCGGCUACGUCCGGAACGUGAAGGCCCCACCCUCUCACAGCCUUCUCGGGGAGCGCGCGCGCUUAGUAAUUUUGGAUAAUUUAGACGGGUCGACUGAGACUUUGGAGGAUAUGCAGUUUCCAAGCAGUAGUAAGAAAUUCGUCAAGCUGACUAACCCGGACCAUGUCCUCACCGAGCAUGUGCCUACUCGCCCUAAGCGUCAUCUUUGGACUUUGCUCGCCCCUCGGGCUAAAACACCUUUCGAUGGGCUUCAAGAACAGCCAACCCAAGGCAUGCGCUCGUACUUUUAUGUCGGUUUUGUUAUGGAUGUAUGUUAUGUUUACGUUUGUGGAAUGCGUUGCCAAACCAUUCGGAUUGUAUAUCCAGUUGGAUGGACUCACGUUAUUAUCGUAAUAGGACUGUCGAAACCCAGCAUUCUGUUUUUCUCGUUUCCAUGCGACAAGUUGAGCACCACCAUUUCUACCCUGUGCUUCCAUUCCAGUCGCUUAAAGAUGUUGGAACCACGCUACAAAGACCGAACAAUGCCCGAACUUCAUCAGUGGAACUACACGUCGUGCGCGCCGCCAGGCAGGGCCGGCGCCCGUCUGCUCGAGGAAGUCGCUCUCGGACCCGCUCCCGUGCCUCCAGAGCAUGGUCGUGGUGCCGGAAAUCUGCGUGUCAAUGGUCAUUCCUCGGCGAAGAAGUCAUUCCUCCUCGGCAUGCUCGCGUCGCUCGCCGUGCAGGCGAACCGCAAAAGCGGUAUAGUCCAUGCCAACUCGAAUAAUUAA